AUAUCAAAAAUUGAAUGUAAACAUGGUCGUUGGCAAAAUAUUCGACCACAAUGUAUUGAAGCUAUGUGUCGACAUCCAGUAUUAGAUGGUUUUAAUGGUUAUGUUUUAAGUUCAAAUUCAAUAUUUCCAUCUGGUGAAGGUACAGGUCUUACAUGUAAUAGUAGUAGUAGUAUACAUUUUGAUCUUAUACCAAUGAUUGAUUAUGUUGUAUGUGAUAAUUAUGGUAUAUGGAAACCAAUAUUACCAAAAUGUUAUGCAAAAUGUCGUUUACCAGAUUUAGGAAAAAGUUUAAUUGGUUAUUAUAUAGAUGAUAAUACUAAUGAAUGGUAUGGAAAAGAAUUACAACCAGGUACAUAUAUUCGACAUGGUUAUUCGAUUAAAUAUUUAUGUCAUUGUUAUUCGACAACAAUGCAAAAUUGUUCUUUAAUAAAACCAUCAUUUGUUCAAUGUAUUGAUGGUGAAUGGACAAAUGGUGGUCCUUAUUGUCGAGAAAAAAUUUCUGGAAACUGUCAAAUUCCAUUUGAUAUUCCUUAUGUAUUAUUAAGUAACAAUACACAAUUAAAUAAUAUAAUAAAUAACGGAGAAUCAUUUGAUUAUGAAUGUAUUCAUGGUUAUGCACGUAUGACAAAUGUGACAUGCAUACAAGGAUACCUAACACCACAACCAUUAUGUGAACCAAAAAAUUGUACAACUCAUCCUUAUUGGAUUAAGAAUGGAUAUGUUAAAUAUCAUAAUAGACGACAUGGUGGUCAUGCUGAAUAUUCAUGUCGUAAUGGUUAUAAAUUAAGUAAUCAUCGAAUAUUACGAUGUUUAUUUGGCCGAUGGGAAUCACCAUAUGAUCGAGAUAACCUUGUACAAUGUAUUGCAGAUAUUUGUUUACAUCCAGGUGUUAUUCGUAAUGGAAAAACUUAUGUUGUUAAUUAUGGUACAUCACGUUAUAUACUUUCAGCUAAUGUUUCAUUAAGUCAUGGAGCUUCAUUACAAUUUGAAUGUGAUUCUGGUUUUAUGCUUGUUGGUAAUCGUGGUUCGACCUGUUUUUCAGGUAAAUGGCGACCUGAUCAAUUACCAAUAUGUAUUCAGGAUCGACAUGUAUCCUUGCAACAUACAUUACACAAGUUUGUCAGUAAAGGUUGA